UCUACUAUUUUUCGCUCUUUCAUUUCUUCUUUGUUUUCUUCAUUUCUUUUUGCUCCCCAAAAAGAACCCCUAAUUUGGAUUUGGAUUUGAUGGUUUGUUUGGAUUUGUUUAAAUCCAUUCUUUUAUUUCAAUUUUUUGUCUUAUUUAUAACUAUUUCUUGGGGGGUUCGCUAAUCAAUACUAGUUUUAAAUUGCUAAAAAUCAGGGAAAAUAUCAAUAAAUAGUGAAUCCAUGCGUCUAGUAGUUCUUGAAAUCCCUCCCUUGGGGUUUAAUUUUUUUCUUAUUUAUAUAUAUUUUGGGGGUAAAUAAGUGUAUCCAUGCGCCUAAUUAGAACCUGGGUUUUUCAGUAUGAAAUGCAUGUACUUAUACUAACGCUUUCUUAAGCUUUAUCUUGAAAUGAAAAGAGUAAAAAUAGGAAAUUGUUUAUAAAAUGUUUCUUACGGCUGAUAAUUCAUAUAUUCAUGUUGUUUUCGUGUUAGAGUGAUAAGAAUGUACUUUGAACAUGUAUGAUAUUGAAUUCCUUAAAUUUGGAAAGUCAUGUAUUUGUGUAGUUUUCGUGGUGCAAGAGUAGGAAAUUGUUUGUAAAAGGUUUCUUUGAUGCUUAAUGAACCAUUUUCAUGGAAUAAAUUGUGUCCUUAAGUGAUGAGAAUGUACUUUGAGUAAGUCCCAUAUCGUGUUCUUUAGACCUGGUGAUCUUUGUGUUAUGUUGUAUUCAUGUUAUUUAUUGUCAUAAUGUUUAAGGUGUUAUAUACUUAUAAACUCUCUGCACUCAGUUAUUCAUGUUAUGUACAUUUUGAUACAUUCGUAUAUUCUUGUCUUGUUCGUAUUAUUAUUUGGAUAAAUCUGAUUUUUAUCAUCCAAAAGAAGCAGAAAUCUGCAACAGUACCAACCCAAUAGAAACUAAUAAAAAAAUGAUCUAAAGAUAACUAUUCAUGUUCGUAUUAUUUUUUGUACCAUGUUUUUAGUUGUUUUUCUUUCGUUUGCUUGUAUUGUGUGUUCUUUGCCUGGUAUAAAUAUAAUGCUUCAAAAGGCUUCGACUGAAUGUACUAUAUGUUAUGCUUUUGUCAUGUUUACUAUGUUUUUUUAGAGAGAAUUUUGAACAUUAGUUUUGGCAUUAACCUAAUCAGGGGUUUUUCGGAGUAUAUGAAAUCGGGAGGGGAAUUAGCCUACCAGCAGCUUUGCAGUGAGAUCACGGUAGAGUUCAAUGAUUGCUCGAAACAAGUCCUUGAGAUGGAAUCUCUGUUUUUAAACCCUGAUUACUGCCGAGUUGAUCUAGCUGAGCUGCUCAGAGCCAUUCAAACACAGGAAAAGCAGAAAUUACAUUUGACUGCCACGAUUCAGGUCUUGAAGAAGGCAGGUCGUCCAUCAGAGCGUCUGAUGAACCAUGAGAAUUGCUCAUUUAAGAAGCCAAUGGAGCAUGAAUGUGUGCAUCUCCAGGAGAUAACAGAAGCUGCCGGAACCGAAGAAGCAGAAGCAAAUGCCGAGUAUGAUAAUGCUCUCAAGGAAGCCAUUAGAGGAGUGCAAGAUGCUGUAACUGCCAUUAAUGAACAUUUAGAAGAAGUGAGAUAUGAAAUUGCAGCCCUUGAAACAGAGUAAGUUCACUAUUACAUAACCCAAAGUGUUUAGUCACUCAAAUUAUAUAGACUCCGCAAGGAUUGCAAGAAAAGGGUUCGGGUUCGGGUAAAAGUUGGUGUAAAGUGCAUGUUCUGUGUGCUGGGUUGGGUCAAAUUUAGUCUAAAUUUUUGUGUUUGAUACAUAGGAUUUGGUUGAUGAAAUGUAAGGUUUUAACUUUCCUUUUUUUAA